AGGCGGUCGUGGGUCGCGCUUCACGGUGAUCCUGGGAAAGAGACAUGGAGGGGUGUGUGUCUAACCUAAUGGUCUGCAACCUGGCCUACAGCGGGAAGCUGGAGGAGUUGAAGGAGAGGAUCCUGGCCGAUAAAUCCCUGGCUACUAGGACUGACCAGGACAGCAGAACUGCGUUGCACUGGGCGUGCUCAGCCGGACAUACAGAAAUUGUGGAAUUCUUGCUGCAACUUGGAGUGCCAGUGAAUGAUAAAGAUGAUGCAGGUUGGUCUCCUCUUCAUAUUGCUGCUUCUGCCGGCCGGGAUGAGAUCGUAAAAGCCCUUCUGGGUAAAGGUGCUCAAGUGAAUGCCGUCAACCAAAAUGGCUGUACCCCCCUACAUUACGCAGCCUCCAAAAACAGGCACGAGAUCGCUGUCAUGUUACUGGAAGGCGGGGCUAAUCCAGAUGCUAAGGACCAUUAUGAGGCCACAGCAAUGCACCGGGCGGCAGCCAAGGGUAACUUGAAGAUGAUUCAUAUCCUUCUGUACUACAAAGCAUCCACAAAUAUCCAAGACACUGAGGGUAACACUCCUCUACACUUAGCCUGUGACGAGGAGAGAGUGGAAGAAGCGAAACUGCUGGUGUCCCAAGGAGCAAGCAUUUACAUUGAGAAUAAAGAAGAAAAGACACCCCUGCAAGUGGCCAGAGGUGGUUUGGGUUUAAUACUCAAGAGAAUGGUGGAAGGUUAAGCAGCUUGGAUGUAUUCUUCCUGUGUAUGUUUCUGUGGUUGUCCCCGGUAUCCUGGAAACUCAUGUCCUUGUGCACAAUCCAUCGUCCACGAACAAUGAAGUGUUUUCGUCUUCAAAGUCUUAGAAACGUGUCGAAUAUUGUUCCUGCUGAGGUCUUUGUCAUAAGCUUAUAACUAGCUUGCCAGGCAUUGAAUAACUGUUGAGAUUGUUCUACUCUUGUUGUAUAUUAUGCCGUACCGAAUUUGGGUUAAUUUUGAGUUAGUGGGUUCUGUGGCUUUGGUGCAUCUUUAGCACCCUCCCCUCUGAGGCACAACAACCCCAAUAGCACCAGGCUGUUUGUCACGUGUUUCUAAGUAGGUUCUUGAAUGUUCCACUGUCCAGUUGAAACACAUCCUAACUUGUCUCUCAAGCUCACUCAGAGGCCUAUACCGAAAAUUUCUGUUUUUUCAACAAUACGCUUCGAUCUUUUUGUUUUGGGAGGAAUACGUAUAUAUUUUAAAGGACCAAAUUUUCAGUUGGAGGCCAUGCUAUCCAAGUUCAGAAUUCCUAAACACUAAAAUAAUGAAAAAUAAGAGCCUGUGUACCCAUGUGUCUUUUUAAUGAGCUCUUUCCCUCCAAAAUAAAAUGUAUUGUUUUUAAAACAGAAGUUUUAAAGUACCUACAUUAAGUCAUCCUGUAUUGGGAAGAAAUGUCAAACUUGUUAAUGUGAUAUGUAACAAAAAUGUAUUUUGAUUUGUAUUUCAGAAACAAAAAAUAAAAUGUUGCGAGAAUCUCCCAGUUUCCCUUUCAAAUCGGUUAGACACCCCAUGUAGUAAGCCUUAAAAUCCUUCAUAAAGACAUUUCUCAGUUUUGCUAGCUCUAACGUCAAUAAAAUUAGCGAAGCUUGAGCUGCAGCUAAAAUCUUUAAAAAUAGUAAUCUUCUGAAUUGCUAAUUAAAUGUGAGCAAAGAAAAUAAGUGUAACCUUGAUCUCAAUUUAGGGAAACAACGUAAAUGAUUGCUAUUGUCAUAAAAUCUAAUGAACUCCAAGUGACUCUUCAAAUUAUUUUUUUAAUUUGAAUCUCCUGCUGCAAAUAUUGCUUAAAAUAAGUGAUCCUAGUGAGCCCACAAACUUGCAUUAAUUGUGGGUCAGAGACUUAAUCGCCAGUAGCUGAAAUGAGUUCUGUAAACACGAAUGGUGUCCUGUCGUUGAUAAUGUAAAACCUUUACAUAAAUAUUUUGAGUGCCGAUCUUUACAAAUGUUAAUCAGGGAAGCAUCUUCUUAUGCAACUAAACGUUUGUUUAUUGAAUGCCAGGGAUAGAAUUGAUGACAGGGGAAAUAAUUUCUUUCCAGUGGUUUUUAGCAGUGAACAGAGUAAAGUCGUAUCUCAUCUAAUCGGGCCUGUUAGGUCUGAAGGCAUUUACUCUUCAUAAAGUAAGACAUUUCAUAAACUCAGACAUUUCUUGUCUGAGGUAAUCGGCUUUUUGGGUGUGAAAGAAAACUGAUCUUAGUUCUUUAAUAAGAAACAGAUGAAACCGAGCCUCAGUUAAUUUGUAGGCUACUGGCAUUUUAUAAAUAUCAACUAUAUAUUAUAAGGAUAUUAAUGGCCCUGGAUACUGAUCAGAUUGUUAUCUGUUCAUAUAGGAAACCCAGUAGAGAUGAAGGUGAUUCAAGGUCAGCAGGUUUUAUAGUUGCUUCCAAAUGACCUCAAGAAAGAUGAGAAUUUCAGUUGUAAAGCUUAACUGAAUAUAAGCUGAAAGAUGCAGGUAAAUAGGAACAGUGGGGAAAAAAAGUGUAAGUAUCUCUUGGAGGGAAUCCACAGUUUGAGGGAGUUUCUGUGAUACUCAGGGUAAAUCAGCGUCUUACUUCAUAAUCUUUGACUUAGCAGUUUAACUGAAUGACCCCUGUGUUCUGAUUUCCCCAUUUCUUAACUGUGUCAGCUACAGUGAGGUCAUGACAUGGCUCUGUCUGCUGCUCUUUCCAUACCGUGUCACGCUGUCGAGCCCCCAGGUCAGUCUGCCGGCAAGUGUGAUACGGUGUGGGGGCUCUUUACUUUGGGUUCUAUGGCUCCAGCGUCACAGUUCUGACUGCCUGAAAUUGCAGACAUCUGUAUGUCUAUUUUUCCGGGAAAAGCGUUCUUUCUGUAGCUUUUACCAGAUUCUCAGAGGGAUCUGUGACUCCCCAAAAGGUUAAGAAUCUCUGGUCAAGAGAAAAAAAGAGUAUUGAACCAAUUAGCAGGGGAUGUGGUUUUUACAACAGUACAGUUCUACCACACUAUAUAGUUUACAAACAUUUAUAAUCCAUUCUCCACUGCAGCCUUUAAGAAGGCAAAAACUCGUCUCCCAUGUUACAGUUGAGAAAAUACCCAGAGCCAGAGGAAUGGAGCUUUCCUGGAUCCUGGGCCAUUUUCUGUCUGCCUCUAGUCAAAAACUGGACCAAAUGGAAAGUACUGUGGCAUUUUGAUAAUUACCUGGUAGUUGUAGCAUCUUCGCCCCCCCUCCCCCAACCUGCUUUUCUUUACUUUGGUGGUUUGUUUUUGGUUUCCUGGAACCUUUGGUAACAUCUCUAAGCCUUUGCUUUGUUUUGCCUUGUUGAAACCAAAGCUUCAAAGACAAGAUUAUUGACUGUUGAUUGGUUUGAAGCUUUCAUGAGACCCUCUGACCUGUUUUCCAGCACAUAGACAUUGUAAAACAAUCUUUUAUUACUACAACUUUGGGUUUGUUUCAUUGAAAUUAAUUUGUUGCCGUUGAAAGAGCAUUACACUGGGAUCUAGUCCACUCGGUAUAAUGUCAGGCAGAUAGAUUAUUUUCUCUCCUCACUCAGGGAGUCUCCUCUGGGGAUUGGGUGCGGAUAAAUAGGAAUGACCCAACUUUUUAAACGUUUACCCCUUCCUGUCUGCCUAACUAAGAAGGUAACUCUCUUAUUAUCUCCCGCCUCCACCCCAUCAGAGUCAGGAGUGGGCCAUUGUGUGUGUUAUGACCCUCACGUGUGCUGCGGUUGAAAAAGGUUGAGUGCUGUUCUCCCAAAGCCCCCUCCUAGCUCUUCUAGCUUUUCUUAGUGAAAGCUCAUCGAGCCCAAGUUACACAAAGGCCAGGGUAAGAGCUGCAAAUAUGAACUUCCCAGUGUGUAUUGGGGGUAGAGGUCACCUGGUACUCUGAAGGCCACUGGAGGUAUCAGUGCACGUGAUUUCUUAGCUAUUGGUCAAGAAUCACUGUUUUAGUCCCUUUUUCUCACAGAGAAAGGAGGCCUAUAAUUUGGAGGCCUUCCCCUGUGCAGUACAAAUUCCAUCCCUCCUUGCCUGCUGUCAGUACACUACUGUUGAUAACAUGCAAGAAAUUGUCAUAGUUAGCGAGGCUGUAAGCUACUCGGGGACAAGAGGUAGCUCUAAUGCUACUCAUUGUGUCACCGGCCACAGUACCUGGUUCAUAGCAGCCGUUCAAUCCAUUAAUACCCAGCGGAUGACUGAAUAAACAGAUGAAUUUGAGGAGAAUAAAUACCUACAGCCAAAAAGCUGUUCUGUUGACUUUAGCAUUUCCCAGUUGCUAAGUACAGAAACAAAGAGCUGAGGGAAGUUCCUGGAAAUCUUUUUAGAUAGUGAGAAGUGAAUGGUUAAGAAACCUGGGAUUUCAUUGGGACCACCCACUUAAAUUUUAACUCUCUAUGGCAAAAUAAACCCGGUAGUACCCUCUCUGAAUGAGAAUUAUGCUGAAAUAAUUUGAAGUUUAAUCAGAAUGUGUGGGUAAUGAUCCAUUCUAUUACUUAUUUUCUCAUCUGCCUUUGCUUGGUUCCCUUGUUGGAAAGCUCUUUAACAUGAGCCCACUUUCCUGCCCAAGUAAACUUUGGUGAAAAUUUUGUUACGAUUUCAUAUUUUACAGGGUCUCAGGAUUUAUUGCAAACAAAUACAUGGUGUAUUAUGGAUAUGCUAAUAGAAGACUGAGGAGACCGAGAUGAAACUUGCACUCACCCCGAGUGGCUUACAAGUAGGUAGCGUAGAUGAUAACCCACAUGGUUUGAUGCGAGAAGACUCCUUUUUCCAGAAGUAGCUCCCCUCGGGAUUGUUCUGGUGCUUGAAAUCCCACCAUUUAGACUCUUUGGAUUAAGGAAUUCCCUGUGUUCAAGGGUCCCCUUUCAAAAGGUGAAAUACUCAAAAAAGAGCUCGUUCAUUAUCAAUCCAAAUGACAUCACCGGAUGAUAAAAGAUCAUGGUCACGAGACAAGAACAGGUCACACAACAACUGCUUUUUAAAAUGGGACCAAGGGAGGGGGGCUGGAGGGCCCAGUCCGUUGAGUGUCCAACUCUUGAUUUCGGCUCAGGUCAUGAGCUCAGGAUCCUGACACUGAGCCCCACAUCCAGGCUCUGUGCUCAGCGGGGAGUCUGCUUGGAGAUUCUUUCCCUCUGCCCCUUCCCCCCACUCGUGUGCAAUCUCUCUCUCAAAUAAAUAGAUAAAAUCUGUAAAAAAUAAAGCGGUUGCAAGGGUAGAGGUAGGUCCUGAGCAAUGAAUUAUGCCUGAGGGAUGCACAGCUGAGUGGGUCACUGAGCUAGUAGGUGCAUGAGAAUCCUGGGUGUUUAGAAACUAAGACGCCGGAUGGCCAGGAGGGGCACUGAAAGGAGAGAUCCAAAGAUACCGCUUCAGAUUAACCUCGCCUACUUCCCAGCCUUGCCCAGCUAAGGUUUCUUCAUGGGCAACAUGUACUCUAUAUUUUUAAAUCUGGACUUUCCCUUCCAUUCCUGUUUGAUUUCAGCUUAGCUUCCGGGCUAUCGAGAUCGUUUUGAGUCCUACAACAUAGUAAUCAUUCUCCCCAGGAGGAAGGCAUUCACACAUUUGUUAAGUGUCCCUUCUGUGUUUUUAUCCAAGUCACUAGUUCUUAAUCUUGGAUUCAGGGAGUCUGUAAUUUACCUAAAACAGUACAUGACACUUUGUGUAUAUAAGCGUUUUUCUUAUGGAGGGGGGCCUGAGUUUUCAACAGAUUUUCAAGGUGAUCCAUGACCUCAAAAAAAGUUGAGAACCACUAAAUCCAACUAUUCAUCAGUAUUUUGACCAGAACAACGCUAAUCAGGACAGAGUUCUGUAGGAUCACCAAGAGUGACUUCCUUCCUGCUCAGUGCUGAUCCAUCAGAAAUUUGGGGGUACAGCUAUUGAGUAUUAUAUAUUAGUCUUUCUUGUGAUUCGCCUCUAUUAUAAAAGUGGAAGAGAAAAGUGAAUUCCAGCUACUUUGGUGUUCUGGUAAUUGAGAUUUUUACACUGCUGGUGUUUAGUUUUUAAACUUUAAAUAUUAGAUCACUCUCAAAACCUUCAUCAUUUUGCUUACUGGACCCAUCAGACAAUGUGUAUCAUAAUACUGUAUUUAAUGUGAAUGGAAUUAUAGAUGCUCCAAAAAAUCCCUACAAUUGGCUGAAAAUCGACACAUUAAAGAAAAUACCUAAGUAAAAGCUUGUUAUUUCUCUCCAUGGCUCCAGACAAGUGUAAAUGUUAAGUUCAGUCUACCUUAAAACCAAUGAAGGCUCUACCUCAAUUAGUGUAUAGGUAUGUUCUCUAUAUAAGGGCUUCGCAGCUUAAGAAAAUGCCCUACAUGAAAAUCGGGAUGUGAUAAGUUAGAGAUUCAUUACUUCAUUUAAAAAAGAUUCACCUUGAAAUCAGACACAAAACAAGGACAGACUGUAUGAUCGCAUUUAUACAUAGUCCAAGAAAAGGCAAAGCUAAUCUCUAAUGACAGAAAGCAAAUCAGUGGUUGCCUAGGGCGGGAGUGACGGUGGGAUUGCACAGAGGGGCAUAGGAAACACUU